AGAAGGGCCCUCCCUCCCCUCUCCCUUCUGAAGGGGUUCUCCGUGUCUUCCUUCGUCUCGUGUGAAGGAAUGAAAGCGGGUCGAGGAGGAAGGAGGAGAAAGAAGGAAGGAAGAGCCGGGCCCGAGAGUGAGAAGCCACAGAGAAGAAGAAGAAGAAGAAGAAGCGGGGAUUUUUUUUUAGAAAAAGAAGACACGUGUCGGGCUAUUCCGACGUGACGCGGAGAGUGGGCGGCUCCUGCUCCUCAGCCUUGCCUCAGAAGACGCUCUGGGGACGCCGACACGUGUCGAGAAGAAGAAGCGGGGAUUUUUUUUUAGAAAAAGAAGACACGUGUCGGGCUAUUCCGACGUGACGCGGAGAGUGGGCGGCUCCUGCACUGAGGCCUUGCCUCAUAGGACGCUCUGGGGACCCCGACACUUGCCGAGAAGAAGAAGCGGGGAUUUUUUUAGAAAAACAAGACACGUGUCGGGCUAUUCCGACGUGACGCGGAGAGUGGGCGGCUCCUGCACUGAGGCCUUGCCUCCGAAGACGCUCUAGGGACGCCGACGACACAAGCCGGCGUCACAGACCGGGGCCUCCCUUCUUGGCUGAGACCUUGCCGAGGCCGGCACCUCCCACUGCACAGCCCUGCACACAACCAACUCUGUCCAAGGAGGCCGGCGGGUGCAAACCAGUGCCGCGGCAUUGCUGGCAUUCCUUUCCAGAUGCCGAGGAGGAUGAGUCGAAGGUUUCGGAGGAAGGCCCACUAGAUACGGGGACACAGCGUCCAGACGUCUCCGGUGCCCGAAGCCGGAGGAGGGAAGGAGGAAAGUUAACAUUUAACAGCGUUCCAGAAGACAACGUCGUGGGCUUGCUUUCACACGUGGCUUCGUCCACGUCCUUGGAAGCGGUGCUACCUUCUUGACCACGAGUCUCAGGCCUUGCAAACCAAAGCGAAGAAGGUUCAGAUUGAGGGCAGGCUGUGUCCCUUCGCCGUGACAUCCUGGCUGACCGAGGGAACAUGGAGCACGCAGGGGCCGGGAGGGUCCUCAGCGGGGGCCGGUCCAGCUUGUGUGGGGCGCACCAGCUCCCGGUGGUGCAGAGGCUGCUGGAGUCGCUCUCCCAGCUUCAGGAGGAGAAGCGGCAGCUGCAGGAGGAGCUGGUCGCGCUGCAGGAGAGGCUUUCAGAGGAAGAAGGCGGACAGGCCGCGCAGACAGAGAGCCUGAAGGGCCAGCUCCGGGAGCAAGCGCAGGAAAUGAGCCGGCUCCAUUCCGUGCUGGGCGGCACAGACCUGGAGAAGCACCGGGACCUCCUGGCGGCAGAGAACCUGCGCCUGAAGCAGGAGGUGAAGAUGUGCGAGGCGCAGCUGCAGGAGCUCCGGAAGCAGUCCCCGAAAUGCGCGGGGUGUGAACACGGCCAGGAGAACGCGAAGCUGCAAGAGAGGCUGGCACAGCUGACGCGGGAUGCGGAGGAGCUGAAGGGUCGCCUCUCGGAGCUGGACCUGGAGGUGGAGCAGAAGACCAACCGCCUGGCGGAGGUGGAGCUGCGCCUGAAGGACUCCCUGGCCGAGAAGGCCCAGGAGGAGGAGCGGCUCAGCCGGCGGCUGCGCAACAGCCAGGAGACCAUCGCCAGCCUGAAGGCCCAGCCCCAGCAGGUCAAGUACGUCAUCCGCACCAUGGAAGUGGAGUCCUCCAAGACGAAGCAGGCCCUGUGCGAGACCCAGUCCCGGAACCAGUACCUGCAGGACCAGGUGGGGAUGCAGCGCCAGGUGCUGAAGGAGAUGGAGCAGCAGCUGCAGAACUCCCAGAAGGCGGCCACUCAGCUCCGGCAGCAGGUGAAGAUGUACGAGUCUGAGCUGGAGCGGGCCCACGAACAGAUGCUGGAGGAGAUGCAGAACAUGGAGGAGGACAAGAACCGGGCCAUCGAGGAGGCCUUUUCGCGCGCCCAAGUGGAAAUGAAAGCCGUCCACGAGAACCUGGCCGGGGUGCGGACAAACCUGCUGACGCUCCAGCCGGCGCUUCGGACGCUGACCAGUGACUACAACAGCCUGAAGCGGCAGGUCCGGGACUUCCCCGUCUUGCUCCAGGAAGCGCUGCAGAGCGCCAAGGCUGAGAUCGGGCAAGCCAUCGAAGAGGUGAACAGCACGAACCAGGAGCUGCUGCGGAAAUACCGCCGGGAGCUCCAGCUCCGGAAGAAGUGCCACAACGAACUGGUGCGGCUGAAAGGCAACAUCCGAGUGUUUGGCCGCGUCCGGCCCAUCAGCAGGGAGGACGGGGAGGGCCCCGAGGCGGCCAACGCAGUGACCUUUGAUCCCGAUGACGAUGCCGUCCUCCACCUCGUUCACAAGGGGAAGGAAGUCUCCUUCGAGCUGGACAAGGUCUUCCCCCCGGAAGCGACACAAGAAGACGUCUUCCGGGAAGUGCAGGCUUUGAUCACGUCUUGCAUCGACGGCUACAACGUCUGCAUUUUCGCCUAUGGACAGACGGGCGCUGGCAAGACUUACACCAUGGAGGGGACUCGGGAAAACCCCGGCAUCAACCAGCGGGCGCUGCAACUCCUCUUCUCCGAAGUGCAGGCCAAGGCCUCGGACUGGGAGUACCGCAUCUCCGUCAGCGUGGCUGAGAUCUACAACGAGGCCCUCCGAGACCUGCUUGGGAAGGAGCCUCAGGAGAAGCUGGACAUCAAGCUCUGUCCAGACGGCAGCGGUCAGCUCUACGUCCCAGGCUUGACCGAGUUCCCAGUGCAAUGCGUUGAAGACAUCAACAAAGUCUUUGAGUUCGGGCACCUGAACCGGGCGACGGAGAGCACCCACCUGAACGAGCACAGCUCCCGCUCCCACGCCCUCCUCAUCAUCACCGUGCGCGGCGUGGACUACAGCACCGGCAUACGCACCACAGGGAAACUGAACCUGGUGGACCUGGCGGGCUCUGAGCGGGUGGGGCGCUCGGGGGCGGAGGGCAGCCGGCUGCGGGAGGCGCAGUACAUCAACAAGUCCCUCUCGGCGCUGGGAGAUGUCAUCUCUGCCCUGCGCUCCCGCCAGGGACACGUCCCCUUCCGCAACUCCAAGCUCACCUACCUGCUUCAGGACUCCCUCUCCGGGGACAGCAAGACCCUCAUGAUGGUCCAGGUUUCUCCGGUCGAGAAGAACACGAGUGAGACACUCUGCUCGCUGAAGUUUGCGGAGAGGGUUCGCUCGGUGGAGCUGGGCCCUGGGUCCCGGAGGACGGAGCUGGGCUCUUGGACCAGCCAGGAACACUUGGAGGCGGAUCCCUCGUCCCCCGCCGCGCAGCCCUGCAUCCGUUCCCAGUCUUCCCCGCGGACAGGCCGGUCGAGUUCCCUCCGCGCACGGCUCCACACGUCAGCCUGGAGUUAAGAGGUGCCCCAGGCCCGCUUCCAGGGAAACUGAGGCCAAUCCCGGUGUGACGAUCCUGACACAUAACGGAAGAAACCAAGGAAGAAGAAGAAGCAGCAUCGCAUGGAUACGGACGCAUCCCGCGCCUCCCGCUCCUUGCCUUGGGAAAGAGCCUCUUCCUCCGCCUCCUUUGCGGGCAAGGGACAGGGCUGGCCCUGGGAGCACAUGGGACGCCUGCGCAUAUUUCGCGCCGGGCAACGUUUUAAUCUACUACUUUUAAAGGCCGGCGGGGAGGGGGUUCCGCAAACUUUUUCCCCUCCUUUGCGCCCUUUUCAUGUCGUUUUAUCAGCAAAUAAAAGCUCUUUACUCUGA